AUGCAUAUUACUUCGUGUCGAGAGAGAGAGAGAGAGAGAGAGAAAAGAGAAGUAGAAGCAUACAAAGUGAGAGGAGGCGGUAAUGCUAUUUUAACGUCGUAUAUUAUUGAUAUUCUACUUCAACGAAGCCAACUCAGACGAAGGAACGAGAAUGCGCAACCUUCAAAUAUUUUUUCAAGUAUAUUAGUACAGAGGAAACACGGCACUGCCCUGUUUAACAUUGUCCCAAAACAGAUCAAAGAGGAAAAGGAUCCCAUCACCUUUAAACGGAAUCUGGACAAUCUUCUUCAAGGAAUACCACCUAUGCCUGGAUACAACUCCCUCAACAUGAACUCCCUACUCAAAUGGACCAUGGAUAAUGCUGUGCAGUUCUUCCCUUAUACCGGUAUCAGGAAAAAACAAAUGUAAAAAUAUGUUUAAAUGUGCCAUGCCACACGUGUCAAUUAAGUUACCAAACUGAAGCGAAAACCAAACACGUAUUAAAAGUCGAUUUUGAAGCUGGAAAUUUAUAUCAUGUACUAUGUUUUCACUCCCACUUCUUCGUUAUCAAUAUUUUCAAAUAAAGAAUGGGCAGCUUCUAAAAA